CUUCUGAGUUUCAAACCCCGUCUGCCCACGUAAUCCGCAGCAGGGGAUAUAAUGUAUUGUUACCCAAAUUUCUAUAUAUUCAAUUACUAACUCGGUAUUAUCAUGGCUACUGUAAGCGAAGGUCUGUGCAUUGAGGAUCUGGUUUGGAGUGAUGUAGAAUACAGCUUGGCAGGAUUUGUGGAGAACUUUCAAUUACCACAGAUCGUGCGUGUCGAAUCUGGUUAUUUUGGCGGUAGUGACAGUACAAGUCUUACCUCAGGGCAGGUUGUUCAACUACAUUGCGUUCGAAAGAUUAAAAAGUUUGCAUGUCAAGCUGCCGAUGGUAAAAGUGUUGCUCUUCCAUAUGCUUAUCCUAUCAAAUGUGUCGUAGAAAAUCGUGAAUUUUCAAAGAUAUCGGCUUUGCAAAUGAGCAUAUUGUCCGACCAAGUUAAAUUCAUUCUAACGCUAGGUGACUAUCAUAAUUCAAAAUCACCUAAUUCGAGUUCAUUCCAAGAGGGCGCGAUUCUAGAAAUUACUGGUGUGGAUGCCAAAGGAAAGAGUAUUCAAUGUAGAGAUGUUUCAACAACGAAAAAGAUAAAGUUCCAUUUCGAUUGCACGGCAAUGUUUUGUCCCUUGCGCGAUUGUAAUCAUUAUACAUUGGCUGAAGUGGUAGAAAAAUUCGAGAUACCGGUCAAAGUAAGGUUUCUACGACAAUCAUCCGAGGUGACUAUAGAUCCUAACUUGUCCAGUUUUGUUUCAAAUUUAAAGGAAGUAAGUAUUCUAGACGUGAUUGAACAGACGGUCGUUGUUAUGAAUACUGUUGGCGAAAACUCGAAGGAUGUUUGUUUAGAGAUAACAAAAGAUAUACCAGUUUAUGUCAGGGUUGCGCAGGAAUUCUUGGAAAACGAGGUCAUAUAUGUUCGAAUGGUCAAACACCUAGAUAGGCUGUUUAAUAAAUCGAGGUAUGAAGAUUAUGAGAACGUCGCUAGUGUAACAACACGAUACGAAUGUGCGUCAGUUGAUUACGAUGUCAACAACGAAGACUCGGAAUUUCGAUGCAGGAAGUUUGCGUAUCAACGACCUCCUGCAGCCUGUUUUCAACAGCUGGAGUCAAGUCCGAUUUCAAAAGCAAACACGACUUCAAUACGCAGCCUGGAAAACGCACAACCGACACAACAUCGGCGCGAAAGCUCGGAUGAGGAACCUGCCUAUUUGGAAACUAAAGAUUUAUGGCCUAUGAUAAAACCUCGAAAAUCAGACAGCGAGAUUAGCUAUAACCGCAAUGACACCCAAAAAGGCGACAAGACGGCUCUACCGGCUCACGACGAGGAACUUAUCUAUGUGGAAGUGACUGAUCCAAAGCCUGUAAAAACACUUCGAAAAUCGAAGAGUGAAAUUAACUACAACUACAGCAACGCCCAUAAAGACUGCAUUCCCAACAGAACUGGCGUCAAUAAGUCUCCACCGGUUCCUGUUAAACCUGUAAAAACACUUCGAAAAUCGAAGAGCGAAAUUAACUACAACUACAGCAACGCCCAUGAAGACUGCAUUCCCAACAGAACUGGCGUCAAUAAGUCUCCACCGGUUCCUGUUAAACCUGUAAAAACGCUUCGAAAAUCGAAGAGCGACGUCACUUGCAACCGUACUGGCAAUAAAGGACUGAUUCCUAGCCAAAUAGAGGAUGGGAAAGCUUUACCAGAUACUUGCAACCCUAAGCCACUUUUCGUAAGCAAAGAGGACCUUUUAAAUGAAAUUGAAAAGAGAAAAAUGCGGCGAAAAGAAAACAAAAAUGAUCAAGGUGCGGAAGCCGAUACGCCACGAACAACGAGGAACAUCACUCCGGACUUUCCUAACAAACAAGUUGCAAAGUUACCCGAGAAAAAACUACCUAGUAAAGUUUUAAGCACGCCAAAAACUGAUAAGUUGAACCAAUUAGCAUCACUUCAAGCAAAAACGUUGAAUAAUGACCAGCAAAACUCGGCCGAUGAAAUAUAUUAUGAACCGACAACAGUACGAAAUUCCGAUUCUGUUCUAAGGAUGUCGCCCGACUAUUUUCUAAGUUCGUCGCCAGCGAAAACCUGUGCAUUGCCAAAAAACUUAUCCGGGUUAAGCGUUAAAGAUGUCACGAAGAUACUGUGCGUGUUAGAUUUGGAGAGAUAUGCCGGUAUUUUUGAAGAAGAAUUAAUUGAUGGUGCUAUGUUGGAAAGUAUGGAUGAGGAGAUUUUAAAAUCGAUCGGAAUGAAUCCAUUUCAUGUUAAACGAAUGAUCAGAUUUAUUAAUGGAUGGAGACCUAAUAUACGUUGA